GGCGGCAGCAGUGGCUGAACAUCUGGAUGGAAGCGAGCUUUGUCCAGACCACCAUGGCUCUGGGGCUGCCCUCCAAGAAAGCAUCUUCCCGCAACGUGGUCGUGGAACGUAGGAACCUGAUCACCGUGUGCAGGUUCUCUGUGAAAACCCUGUUGGAGAAGUACACGACAGAGCCCAUUGAUGACUCAUCAGAGGAGUUUGUUAAUUUUGCUGCCAUUUUGGAGCAGAUCCUCAGCCACCGUUUCAAAGCCUGUGCCCCAGCAGGUCCAGUGAGCUGGUUCAGCUCAGAUGGGCAGCGGGGCUUCUGGGACUAUAUCCGACUGGCCUGCAGCAAAGUGCCCAACAACUGUGUGAGCAGCAUUGAGAAUAUGGAGAACAUCAGUACAGCCCGAGCCAAGGGCCGAGCAUGGAUCCGGGUGGCACUGAUGGAGAAGCGCAUGUCAGAAUACAUCACCACAGCUCUGCGGGACACCCGGACUACCAGGCGAUUCUACGACUCGGGAGCCAUCAUGCUGCGGGAGGAAGCCACUCUCCUCACCGGGAUGCUGAUCGGACUGAGCGCCAUCGACUUCAGUUUCUGUCUAAAGGGAGAAGUCCUGGAUGGGAAGACCCCCGUGGUCAUCGAUUACACGCCCUACCUAAAGUUCACGCAGAGCUACGACUACCUGACGGACGAGGAGGAGCGGCACAGUGCCGAGAGCAGCACGAGCGAGGACAACUCUCCCGAGCACCCCUACCUGCCUCUCGUCACCGACGAGGACAGCUGGUACAACAAGUGGCACAAGAUGGAGCAGAAGUUCCGCAUCGUGUACGCGCAGAAGGGCUACCUGGAGGAGCUGGUGCGUCUGCGCGAGUCCCAACUGAAGGACCUGGAGGCCGAGAACCGGAGGUUGCAGCUGCAGCUGGAGGAGGCCGCGGCCCAGAACCAGCGGGAGAAGCGGGAGCUCGAAGGCGUGAUCUUGGAGCUGCAGGAGCAGCUGACAGGUCUGAUCCCCGGUGACCACGCCCCUCUGGCCCAGGGUUCCAAGGAACUUAUCACACCCCUGGUCAACCAAUGGCCCUCCCUGGGACCAUUCAAUGGGGCCCAGGGUGCCAGCAACUCCAAGCUCUACAGGAGACACAGCUUCAUGAGCACAGAGCCGCUGUCAGCUGAGGCCAGUCUGAGCUCAGACUCCCAACGCCUGGGAGAGGGCAAGCGGGAUGAGGAGCCCUGGGGUCCCAUUGGAAGCUCAGAGCCAAAUUAGUGGUUCCCUUCAAGCGAGCGAAUGCCCAGGACUUCAACGCAUGCAUUUUGUGUUGACCUCACCCUUGGCUUCAACUUGAUUUUUCCCAUCCUAAUUUUCCUUUUGCCUGGACUUGCUGUCUUUUUUUUUUUUUUUUAAUAGCCACACUGUAUUGGAUGACACUAGAUCUUGAGACAAGGCAGGUUGUGGACAUGUAACCCACACUUGUGUUUCUGAUUGUGUGUCUGUCUCCCCCACCAGACUGUGAGCUCCAUGAGGGCAGGAACCAUGUCUCGUCCAUUCUCUGUAUCCCCAGUGCUUGGAACAGAGCAAAUGCUCACUGUGUGUUUAAUAAAUAGACAAUGAGAGGACAAACCUCAGGGGGAGACAGAGACAUAACUGAUAAUUACAAUACAGUGUCCCCAGCACCGUGCAUGGCACAGGCAGGUACUUAAUCAAGGUUUAAUGGAAAAUGACACUCUAGAAGGGCCAAGAAAGUGGGGGAGAGGGGGAGGGCUGUCCCUUCACUGCCUGCUUCUGCACACCCUCUCCUAACUCACACAC